UGCUGUGGUUCCGCGUCUCUCUAGGAGUUUGGAGUGGGUCUGGGAGUCCUCGAAAGAACUUCAGCGGCAGGGACUGUAGACCCUAGAUCCGGAGAGCCGGGAGCCUCGCGGUGACCCCGAAGCCUGCUAAACCCUGCGGCCCGCGAUGACCUAUAGGACACUUAGUAUACUCCUGCUGUCUACCUGGCGUGCACGUGCCCUUGCUGUUUACCCCGCUUAACGUGCUGGGUGCUGUCUAUCACUUCGGUGCACCCACUGAAUGCUCCCGGGUGAAUACUCUGUCGCAUGUUUUCCCCUGCUGUGUGUCCGGAGUGGACGCGGCGCUGCGGUGUGCUGUGCCAGCUCUUGGGUGUGAGGCGUCUGCAGGUGUUGUCAGCUGGAGGCGGGCGGAACCGCGAGCGUGCUGACUUUGCCCCUGUAGCUUCUGCUCACAGAGGGCGGGUCGGCAGCGCCCAGAUACCCGGAGAAGCCCGGCUCAGCAGCUCCUUUCUCUUCCCGACGCCGACGACUUGCUAGGAGCAUCAGGCCAUGAGGAACACCAGCAAGGAGGUGCAGGGCGCCUCCCAGCGCUACGCUCCUUGCGACUGGUAUUACCACCUGCCUGUGAAGCGCUCUGAGAAGGCUGUGGAUGCCCCACCCGCAUCCCAGAUCCCAGGGCUCAGUGACUUGGGAGACUCCCCAAAUGGAGACAUGCCCCGUGCUCGGAGAUACUGGAUAAAAGAAACAGACUCAGAGUAUGUGAAGCUGGCCAAGCAGGGUGGCAGACCUGAUUUGCUGAAGCACUUUACCCCCGGGACCAGGAAGGGCUCCCCAGUAGCCUACUCCCUGCCAGACUGGUAUAUCCACCACAGCAAACCUCCGACAGCCCACCAGCGAGAAGUCCCCGUGUUCUCCAUGCCAGAUUACAUGGUGUAUGAAGAAUUCAACCCUGAUCAGGCCAAUGGCAGCUAUGAGUCCAGGCGAGGCCCCUUUGAUUUUGACAUGAAAACAGUUUGGCAAAGAGAGGCUGAGGAACUUGAGAAUGUGAAGAGAAAGGUGAAACUGCCAGCCAUUAACUCCAAGAAUGCCAGCAAAGCGGGGACCCCAGUUAGUCACAAAGACCUUGAAGGAAGCAGGCUGUCAUUGCCUCCUAUGCCUGGUCAAAAAACCAGUUCACCCACAAACUUUUCCAAACUUAUCAGCAACGGCUAUAAGGAUGAGUGGUUACAGCAGCCGCGAGCUGAUGCUGACAAGAGGACUCCAAAGACAUCCAGGGUAUCCUUGUCCACCCAGUCCACAAAGGACUCAGAAAGUACCCAAGACACAGAGACACCCCAAGAUCCAGAGGUCCCCGAAGACUCUGAGGAAACUCCAGGCGCGUUUGGUGGUGAGGAUGGUGCAGAAGGAUCACCAUCAGAAUCAACGCCCGCCGAGCUCAAAUAAACCUGGACAUGCUGUCUGGGGACAAGCCUUUUAGUUGCUGUCUGUAGAGUGACCAUGGACAGCUUUAUUUUCAGGCUUCUGUUCUAAUCUAUUAACGUAGAGUCUUACGGAACAGCCUGCCUUGAGUAGAGUUGAGAUCACCAUAGCAAAUGCGGGAUAAGUGUGGACUUUGGUUUCUUGCAUUUCUCUGGGUGGCCUUGCUGGCCUGGUGACUGCUGAGACCAGAGUGUUCCUGAAGCUGACCUCUGCCAUCCCGUCUGCACCACAGUGUGGAGCGUUGCUGCGAGACUCUGAAAGGGAAGAGACUCACAAACCUCAGCUUUUCCCAGCAUUUGGUCCCAUAAUCUUUAUAUUUUGAAACGAUUUCCGGUUACACAGAAAUGACUAAUUCUAGAGCCAUGUGGCAAAAUUUGUCGUAACAAUAUUUUAUUAUGCCUUGAAGUUUUAAGCAUUCCAUAUAAAACAUUGUAACAUUACUUUAUAAUGUUUGCUAAUAGUUUGAGUGCAAAUUGAAGCCCAGAAAUACCGAACAUUUAUCGUUUUAUACCCUUUAGGUAAAAAAUAUAUAUUUAAUCUCAAUUAGGCUAUUUUAAUUGGCUUCAAAAAAACAUUUUACUAAUCAUACUGAAUGCUCUUGUUUUAUAAAUGUUAUUGUUGUUUCUAUAUUAGUAAUUAACAUUAAAAUAUAUUUUAUAUUUUCUUCAUUAAAAAAACAAUAAUCUUAUCAGGAAAAGUUUCUAGGAAGCCGAAUAGGGUCAGCACUUCAGUGUCAUUCCUGGAAUCAACUUAUCAUGCAUUUGCUAGGUUGAAGUUUAAAUUUCAAAUUGGUUCUUUGACUCAAGUAGUUAAUUGAGCACUUACAUCUCUGCCACUUUAUCAGAAGGAUGCUACUAUGGUAAAAUAUAUCUAAUAUGUAAAAAUAUGAAUGAGUAUGUAUAUUCAAUAAAAAUAGUAUGUCGCUA